CAUCUUGAUUUGGAGUUACUCGAAAGUUUACUGCCGUUUAUUUUAACAACCUGUCUGUAGAAACAUUUCAAAGAAAAGCUUAGUUUUUUUGCCAAAGAACUGCCUUCCUAUCGUAAAACUAAUUGAAGACUGACCUUAACCACUGCCAAGGACCACGCUUUUGUUGGUUAAUAUUCAACUGCAAAAGCGCUUGGCGUGCCUCAGGAGCAAUUUGGAAAUGAGACUACACUAGCAGCCCAGACACACGGACAUGGGCUCGGGUACAAGCCGAGGAAAAAGAGUCGCACCUGCUUGUGUCAGCGAGGUAAACGUGACCAAAACGGGGACCGAUGUCGCUUCACCUCAAAAGGACAGCCGUCUGUUCAAGCCUCUUAAAAUUCAUUCAGUUUUGCGCAAUGUGCGUAACCGUGCGCAACCUGACUGCCACAGCGAAGGGCAGGAUUCGGACUUUUCUGGGAAUGAGGAGGAUAUUGAUGGAGAACUGGACACAGUUAUGGCAGAUUACACAGAAAGAGAGAACACUUCGGUAAAGAAGCCCCCUCCGAAGAAGACGUUCAUCAGAUCCAAAACAUACGGACUGUGUCAUUUCAGCCAGGAGGACGCUGAAGACGACUUCAGCUCUGCUCCGAGGCUCCGAGCGUCAGGAAGAGACCAAGAGCCACGUGUCGCACACAGUGUGUCAAGAGAUGUAAACAAGAAGGGCAACUCUGCCUUCGCACACGUUAAAAAGCACACAUCUGGGUGUCCCACCGAGCACAAUUCCUCCUCACAGGGCUGUUUGACAACAGAGGCUUUGUCAGAAGACGUUCCCACAUCAGAACAACAACCGACGUUUGAUAGCUGCCAUGGCUCUUCUCUCACCACGCCAGUCAUCCUGUACGAUGGAUCCGAAGAGGAGCUGAUGGAUACCAUUGAAAGAGAGUUUAGUUGACCCUCCGAGCUAAGAAAGCUCUUUUAGCAAGCUCUCAUGACAGGAAACCGUUUGUAUUCAAAGAAAGGGAACCAGGGUUUAUUCUGACAAAUUUCCUGCUUGCAGGAAAGGCUGCACAAUCUGUAUUUAUGCAGGGUUGCCAGGAAAAAAAAUAAUGAACACAGUUUGUGUUGAACUUAAAACAGCAUCACUCCCAGUCUGUGUAUUUAGCCAAGUCGUAUUUAACAAGAUGAAGCAGUAAUUGCAGAGUUAAAACACCAGCUUGAAUAUGUGCCAGGAAGCUCUCCUCACACUCACAAGGGUUGGGUUUCUGAAGCAGGUAGGGUGUUACUGUCCAGCUCGACUCCUACUGAGCACUCAUUUGCUACCUAUUACUAACAUGGUUUAACAUGUCUGUUUAAUGAGACAACACAGACCCUUUCUGCCAGUUCUGUAAAUGUCAGCAGGAGAGGUACAUGCUUGUGAUCUUUUAGCAGUAAAGAUAGACUUGUUUCCACCAGCAGUUUUGUGGGAGCAUAAAGUGUUCAGGGCUUUAGUUUCUCAUGUAGCAAACCCUGCCAAGGUAUGAGCAGAGAAUGUUUACCUAACAUUUCCUUCCUGACCACAGCUCCUGCACUUUCUCCACCCUGCGAGAAUGUGGCUACAGAGAGACUUUUAGUUGGGCAAAGUCUCUGUUUCUGCUGACACAAUUCAGCCAUUGAAACACUUCAAAAUAAAAGCCUGCUGCCACUUAGUGGCAGAAUGCAGAAGUUGUGUGCAUGAAUACAAACGUGAAAUUUUAUCAAACUUUUUAGAGGAAAUUUCCAAUAUGAAAAUUUGGAAGCAGAGUUUUAAAUUUUUUGUGUGUGUUUGAAAUAAAAAAGCAGAAAAUG